CACUUAAUGCGUUACGUGACCCUGAGUCACGUGAUGGCGGCGGUUAUUGCCAUUCUAUACGUACAUAUUUACUUGAAUUCAGGGUUUUAACUACUGUUUUAAUGUCCAUGGCCUAACUGGUUUGCCUCUCCUCUUAUUUAAGACUGGAUUUCGUGGUUCUGUCAUAUGCUUAUGAAUGAGUUCUUGUGUGCGAUAGAUGUAUCCACGACUUUUGUUAGUAAUACUCUUCCUCUGUAUCGUUACAAAAAUUUCUUGCUCAUCCAGUGGUGAUGGGUGUUUUGGACUUUCUGAAAGGCUCAAAUGGAACAGAACGUUCAGUUAUAAUAAUAAGGUGUUGACAUUCAAACUGGAAGUUACCGAUAAUCCGGAACAUUGGAUUAUAAACUAUUUGUUUGAGAUUCUGGCUCGAGAACGACUGGGUUACACAAAAAUUGAGUUUAUACGGACGGAUGAUAGAGACAUUGGAAGUGCUCUUAAGAGAUUGCAGUGUCCAGAUUCUCAAUGCAUUCAACUACCUGAAAUACACCUCAACUUAAUGCUAUGGUUGCCACUUGGUGGGGAUGUUAAAUUCUGGACUCAGCCUUCAUCUAUCACUGACCAUGGACCUCUUGGACCUAUCCGUCCCUGGAGACUGUUCACACAAUCAUGUUACAGUAAAUCACAUCGCAAAGGAAUUUCGGAAUAUGCUUCUUCUUUCAAGUAUGAUUGCAAUUCAUUUGAUCAUGACCAUCAAAGGAAAACUACACAGAAUUCAAAUGUAUUCCACAAUCAUACAAUACUCUCUGAGAGGUCUAUUACUAUUUUAGAUUUUGAACUGAAUUCCACAUGUCUACGAUAUAAUUCGCAUAGUGUUCCUCCACCUCCGUUAUGCCGUGUUGAUACACAAUCUACCUCAACAAAUGAUGAAUAUUGUCAUACAGAAUCCUAUCAGGCUGUUAAAGUGGCUUGGACAAAACUACAGACUGCGACUCCACAAAUCUUUCAGCUUGCAUCAAAAAUUUAUAUGUCACACGAUGAUCUGAUAGAAUUAGUUCACUCAGCUAUGCUUGAUUCAAGUACACCUCGUCAAUCAGUAUAUAAACAAGUUGCAUGUCGUUGGCUUCGCCAAAAUCCAACUAAAUGGAAAAGUUGGACAGUUGACUGGGAUAAAAAACUGAAUUUAACGGUGGCAGGUUUGUUCAGUAUGUAUGGAAAAUGGGUGCUGUAUGGCCUUGAUCGAGUGGCUCAAGAAGCUAUGAACUUUGUCAAUGCUGAUUCAGAUUACUUUCGUAAUUCUGAAUAUGCGUUAAGUUUGGAUGUACGCAAUUUAACAUGUGAACCGGAUAUUGUUUUAAGUGAUUAUUUUAAAGUCUUAGAGGAUGCAGUAAACAACCGUCUUAUAGGUUCGAUUGCUGCUUUAUGCUCAGAUUCAAUAGAAGCUGUGGUAGAAUUAGCAAAUAUCCGAAAACAGAUUAUUGUCAGUCCAACUGUGGGUAGUGCACGUUUUCUGGAACAACAACCAUACCACUAUUUUUUCCGUACAGUACCGUCAAUGACCUUAGCUAACUUUAUAUUACUUCGAUUAUUUCUAAUAUGGGGUUGGCAUCGAAUUGUUGUAUUUCGUAAAUCUGAUCAUUUUUUCGAACCUUUACUAUUUCAAGCAAAAGGAAUAGAAAUUAUAGCUAACAUUGAAAUGGAUGAACAACAGUUAACUUAUAAGCUGGCGAAAGAUACAUUAGAAGAACUGAAACAACAAAACAGUCGUAUAUUUGUUGUUGAAUAUGAUGCACGUGGUACCUAUUUAAUACUCUGUGCAGCUUAUCAUCAAGGCAUGCAUUUCUCUGCUGGUUAUGUUUGGUUUUUAAAUCCAUGGCUUUCUGAUCAAUGGUGGUCGGGAUUGGUUGAUCGUAAUUCAGAAUGUACUUUUAAUGAGAUGCUUAAUAUUACUUCAUGGACGUUUACUGUUGGCCAUCAGUUGUUAAUUGGUCCUAUGGUUCACAGUUUUAUACCACGUACAAGUGAAUUUAUGGAUUCUGAUCCAAAAUCUGGAAAUAAUACAAAUGCUACUGUGAAUCGGACAUCUAUGCCUGAACAACUCCAACGUAGACGUCGUCAUGUUACUGUUCAAUCACAAGCUUUAGGAGAGUUGCCUGUUUUAUCCAGAACAAAACAUCAUCCUAAAUCAAAUGAUGAUGGGAAAACUUCAUUCAGUGAUCAUUCAAAACGCAGAUUAGUUAAAGAUCCUUUACAUGAUUAUACAGUAUACACAUAUGAUGCUGUGAUCUUAUUAGCCAGUGCUGUUGUUCAUCUCUUAAGAGAAAAUCCUGCUGCUGCAUCUGCCCUCAAUCAUCCAGAGGUUUCUGAAACUCUCAGAUCUCUUGUUGCUCGAACUAAUUUUGGUUAUCGUUUUCAAACUGGUGACUCGACUACAGGUCAAUCGAAUGAAGUUGAUGGACUUGUUGCAGGUAUUAAUGAUGAUAAUUUUGGUGUAGAUGCUGGUUUUCAGUUGGCCGGUGAUUACUAUGGUAUCCGUAGUCAAAGUCCUGCAUCAGCAUCAAAUUUACGAUUUAAUGAUCAUAAUGAGAGAAUUGCAGAUUAUUGGUUGUUAAAACAAAGACAUUUUAAUACUACUGUACCCAUUAUUAUGUGGUCAACUAAAAGUUAUGAAGAGACUCAAGAACAAGAUCAACAGCAACAGCAACAAAAUUCUCAAUCUUACGAUCCAUUCAGUCAUAUACUCACAUCUGAUAAUAUGUCAAAUAAAUACGAUUGGAAGACAACUAAUGCUCCAUUUCUUUAUGAUGAAUUUCAAAAACGAAUGACUGAACGUUGGUUAGAUCAUGUGAAUUGGCACACUUUAGGCGGUCCACCGAAUGAUGGUUCAAUUAAUGAAGAAAACUGUACAUUAGCAUUUCUUAGUAAUCAACUACGUAUGGGUUGUACCGGUGCUACUGUCUUUGUUACUGUUACCGUUACUGUGCUAGUUCUUUUCCCGUUAAUUGUCUUCGCUCAUUUUUACUAUCGGCGUAAAUUGAAAGAGAUUGAAAAGCGUACACGAAAACCAUUUGAAGAAUUGUGUGCUGAAUUGGCUGACUUAGAUAUGCCUGCUGAAAAUAUUGUACUUAAUCGUCGAGUUGGUCAAGGUGCAUUCGGUUUAGUAUUCGGUGGUGAAGCGAAGAAAAAUGAUUUAUGGGAAGCCGUCGCUGUAAAGGUGAUAAAUGAAAAAGCAACUUAUGAAGGAAAAAUUGAUUUUCUGUCUGAAGCAAAAUUGAUGCGUUCAUUGAAUCAUCCGAAUGUAGUUCGUUUGAUUGGUAUUUCAUUAAAUCCAAAAGCUAAUUUAUACUUGAUAAUGGAGCUUAUGCUACUCGGUGAUCUGAAGACAUAUUUACUAUCUCGUCGAAUUUUAGCACAAAGAUCACCAAAUCAUGAAGAUAUACGUCCAUCAACACUUACUCAAAUGAGUUUAGAUAUUGGUCAAGGUGUAGCCUACCUUCAUAGUAAACAUUUAAUUCAUCGAGAUAUAGCCUGUCGAAAUUGUCUAGUCAGUGCAGAUCGUACUGUGAAAAUUGGUGAUUUCGGUUUGACUAGACAAGCGGCCAAGAAUACUUCUGAAGUUUAUUAUCGGUUUACAAGGAAUUGUGAACUGCCUAUUCGUUGGAUGUCUCCUGAAGCUGUUCAAUUCGGUGUAUUCAGCAUUCAGUCAGAUAUUUGGUCGUUUGGCAUAACUUUAUAUGAGAUCAUCACCUUCGGUGUUUUCCCUUAUAAUGGUUUAGGUGAUGUUGAAGUAGUUGAACGUGUGAAACGUAUGGAAUUCAGUAUAACUGAAUUUUUACCAUCUCAGGCAUUGAAUACUGUUGUGUGUGAAUUAAUUAACCACUGCUGUCGACAUCAAUGGCAACAUCGACCUUCAUCAAUGAAUCAGGUGUUAGAAAUAUUAAAAGCUUACCCCGAGUGUAUUCGACCUUUUCUAACAGAUGAACCACCUAAACCAAACACAACAAUAGACGCAUUACCUUUCCAACCAAAUGUAGGCACGUGUAUAAUAUCGGAAUCUACAUUGACUGGUCUUGCUGUAGUUGACAGUGUCAGUGGUAGUGGUUUUCGUACAAUGCGUAGUGCUUCAGCUGCAGCCGUACCAAUAUCAUCCUAUACACCUUCACCUAUCCCAUUAAGUCUUCCCGAUGCCAACAGUGAUAAAUUUUAUGGUCAUGAAAAACGUUUUAGUGAACAAGCAAAUCUUCACGGUAAUACACUAUUCCAACCACGAUCAACUUUCGACUGGCCUGGAAACUACUCAUCUCAUCUGUGUACAGAGAAUUUAUCAAAUUCAAAAUUGGCUUCAUAUGAGUCUUAUCAACUGCCAGUAUUUCCUGAAAAACACUCAUUAUAUCCAUUGUCAACAAAUGAAAGUAAAGAAUGUGUUAAACCAUUUAGUGGGAUAGGAUUUGAAGAAUCUACAAAACUAGCUGUGACAGCUGAUAAUACUACUACUACUAGUACUAACAAUAAUGAUAAUAAUAAUAAUAUGUGUAGUAAUGUUUUAUUCAACUUAUCAACAAGUCCUGUUUCCACUACUCCAAGUUAUCAGUCAGUUGAUGAGAAUACUCAUUUAAUAGGUAAAUCGUCUAAAUAUAGUGAUCAGUGUUCGUAUGCAUCUGGGAAUACUGUAAAUUGUAGAAAACAGAAGCGGUCGAAUGUAUUUCUGAUCAACACGAAAUCAAUAAUUCCAGAUGAAUUAAGCAGUUUACUAUCUGAUAAUCAACUUCAGUCAUCUUCAGAUGCCACUUCAGGGACAUAUACUAGGGAUUCGGAAAGAUCAUGCAUUUUAUCAUCUGAUGGUGGAUGUUUAGAUGAACAAUUUCCUCCGGUUCCCGUGAAAGAAUCUCACAUACCAGUUGAUUCACAGGAAUCUAGAACUCCAAUUAACGACCGACAAAGUUUUCAUCUUAAUCGACCUACUCGUUCCUUGACUAAUGUAACCUCUUUACAUUCUGACUGGCGGUGUUUGCAUAAUCUUGCUUAUUCUAAGCACUGUAUUUCGGCUGGUAAUAUUAAUCUGAUUUGUACACAAAGCGGUAUGCAUACUGUCAGUUCAAUUCCAUCUUCUAGUCUUUUUGACCCUUGUACACAUUCCUUUUUUUCCGGUAAUAAUAUAACCUAGAUAGGUCACGUUUAUCAUUGUUUACUUACUGUGAUACUUUCAGUUUAUUUGUAGACAACCUUUUGUACUGUUCUGUGUGUGUGUGUGUGUAUGUAUGUAUGCCUGAUAAUGACUUUCCACAAUACUUAUUCAUUCCUGGUUUAUAUAUAUAUAUAUAUAUAUAUCAGUUAUCCUAAAUUUGCCACAUUGCUCACAAGUUUCAAUUCUUUUAUUGGGAUCUUAUUAUUUCUUUCUUGUUUUGUUCUUCAAUAUUAUUAAUUCACUUCACAACUGAAUAUGUAAUAUUGUCAUCCUGUAAAUACUUUCGCUAACCUAGUCAUAUCAUACAAGUGCAUAUUCUGUGUCUGUGUGUUUGUGUGUGUGUGUGUCUUUACCCUAUCUUAUGUACUAGCUUAAUGUAAUGCUUCAGUAUGUGUAAAUCUUUGCAUGUGGGAGGCUUGAAUGUGAUUGUAAUAUACCGCCUUUAUUUUAAUUUUAUGGCAUACUUCAGAUACCGCAAUCAGUCUAAUAAGUAUUUUAUGCAGUAACUUUGCUGUUAUACACAUUUUAACUGCUUUUUCUGUUUUCUGCUAAGCAUAAUGUUGAAACAGUGGACUUCCACAAGUUGUGUGUGUGUGUGUAUGUGCAAUAUUUGUCUAUUUCUCAACCGCUACGCCUAAGAAUUUAGAGUAGUGUUUGUAUGUUUAAGGUUGUAGUAUGUAUGUUCUUGUAAAUUGCUCUUAUUUUUUUUUCAUUAGUAAUCAACAGUGAUAUGUUUGUUAGGUAUUUCAUGUGCUAUCGCAUGGUAUAUUUUGUGCUGAUUUUGUCGAUUAAUAAAAAUAAACUUAGUUGACGAUAUUCUCGAUGUACCUUUUCGUUGUCAUUUGCAAUAUUUCAGAAGAUCUAUUUUAACCUCAACAUUUUAGAAACUCGUUGGAUUGACAUAGAUUUUCAUUAGCCUAACAUUACUUUUAGUCAUAAAUCAUGACAGAAUUGUGAAACACAGUUUAUGUUGGCUAUGGUUCA